UCAGAUCACAUGAUCUGAUGACUUCAGAUGACGUCAGGGGGGACGUCCACUGAAAGGAAGUUCCUGUCACACUGUGGGGAAGCAGGGAACGUGGGUACAGCACUGUGUACAGGUACAGCUUAAUGCACUCCUCUAUAGCAACAGCAAUAUGCGAAACCUGAAGUUACUCAAGUCUUUGCAAUGUGCGUCCGUUCAAGGCAUGGGCUCACCGCAAUGCAGCUCCAUACGUACUGACACUGGAACAGUCCUCAUUGGAUCAAACUAUGGCUUUGUGGAGCUGGAUCCUGAUACAGAGCAGAUCAUUGUUGAUGUCUCAUUAACAUCAGAGAGCUUUCUACCUGAAGACGGAAGUGGUCAGGUUGUUGGGAUACAGGAUGUUCCUGACCAAGAGUCAGUGUGUAUUGCCACUGCCACGGGUGAUGUAAUUUUAUGUGGCCUCAUCACUGGUCAGUUGGAAUGUGUUGGCAGUGUGGAUAGUGGUAUUAUUACUAUGAGUUGGAGCCCAGACCAGGAACUUGUACUUCUUAUGACAGGUCAGCAGACAAUUAUUUUGAUGACAAAAGACUUUCAACCAGUUGCUGAAGUACCCAUCCACCAAGAUGAUUUUGGGGAAGGAAAAUUUAUCACGGUUGGUUGGGGCAAAAAAGAAACCCAGUUCCAUGGAUCUGAAGGAAAACAGGCAGCUCGACAGAAAGUAAAGACUGUUCAGCCAGCUUUGCCCUGGGAUGACCGCAGACCUCGGGUUACCUGGAGAGGGGAUGGACAACUCUUCGCAGUGAGUGCCAUCUGCCCUGUAACAGGCUCCCGCAAGGUCAGAGUGUGGAACAGAGAGCUCUCCCUGCAGUCUACCAGUGAACCGGUGGAAGGCUUAGAACAAGCUCUGUCCUGGAAACCUUCUGGUAGCCUGAUUGCAUCCACACAGAGCAAGCCUAACAAACAUGAUGUUAUUUUCUUCGAAAAGAAUGGGCUUGUACAUGGAGAAUUUACAUUACCUUUCGCAAAAGAUGAAGUUCAGGUGAAAGAACUUCUGUGGAACUCAGAUUCAACAGUUUUAGCUAUCUGGCUUCAAGAUAUUGAAAAGGAUGGCUCAAAAUCAAAUACUUAUGGGUCUGCGCUUGCAGCAGCUGCAGGAGCCAGAGGGGACUUGGCAUUCUUAGCCACGGUUCAACUUUGGGUGGUUGGAAAUUAUCACUGGUACCUCAAACAAAGCUUACAUUUUGGGAGCGAGGAAAACAAGAGAAUUGUGUCUAUUGCAUGGGACCCUGAGAUCUCAUACAGACUGCAUAUUGUAUGUGCUGGAUGGCAGUACUUCCGCUAUGAAUGGUUCUGGAGCACAGAUCGCAGCAUUGGGCAAGGGCCAGGUCAGCAGGCUAAUGUUGCGGUUAUUGAUGGCGAUAAAAUCUUGGUGACCUCUUUCGAUCAGUCCGUUGUUCCGCCUCCAAUGUGCACUUACCACAUUCAGUUCCCACAUGCAGUGAAUGAGGUUACUUACCACUCUGUCCCUGAGAAGAGCAGCAGCCUUGUAGUGCUUGAUGCUUACAAUACAGUUUACAUCUGCAGAUAUGGAAUUAAUGCACCUAAUGACUCAACCAUAAAAAUAGUUGGAGGAAAUGGAUAUAUCUCAUCCACUAUGACCCCAGUGCAAGAAAAGCAAUUCAAAUUUCAAGCCCCGUCAAGCAACAGACAACCACUUUACUUUCGCCAUCUCACAUGUGUGCAGGAUGAUACUUUAUUGGUUGUAAGCCAAGGGGAGUGUUCUUCUCAAUCCACCAUUCACCACAUCACAGUUCCUGUGGGAGAUGAUCAGUUUGUUAAUCUCCAACAUGGUGUGCCAAUUAAUGGGGAGGUGAUCAGUAUCUGCUAUAGCGCAAACUCCAAAACAUGUGCCCUGCAGACAGCAAAUGGACAAAUCUGGAAGUAUCAUUGGGAGACGCCAUCACCUGUCCUAGAGCCCUGGAAGGAUGGUAUGGCUCAAGAUGUUAAGUUUCAGCAGCCUUGUAUUCAGACUGCGAUAACAACAAUAGAUGGAGAGGAAGUUGUGUUGGGUAUCACUGACAGAUCACGUUUGUUUAUUAACAAUUUGGUGGUAGCUACCAAUAUCACAUCAUUUGCCAUAUAUGAUGGUUUCUUACUCCUAACUACCCACUCCCAUACCUGCAGAUGCAUAUUACUGAGAGAGACAUCAUUGAAAGCACUGGAAGCACUCCUUAACAACACAUCCAGCCCAAAUGAUGAGACUGUUCGCAAGGUAGAAAGAGGAUCUCGCAUUGUCACAGUGGUUCCACAGGACACCAAAGUGAUCCUACAGAUGCCACGGGGCAACUUAGAAACUAUUCACCACAGAGCUCUUGUCCUUGCACAAAUACGCAAGUGGCUGGAUAGUCUGCGCUUUAAAGAAGCUUUUGAAUGUAUGCGAAAGCUGCGAAUCAACCUGAAUUUAAUUUAUGACCACAAUCCAAAGUCAUUUCUGGACAACGUGGACUUAUUUAUAACGCAAAUUUGCUCUGUAAAUUAUGUAAACUUGUUUCUGACUGAACUAAAAGAGGAAGAUGUAACAAGUACUAUGUACCCCAUUUAUACGGACUCUGUUACGCAAUCCACACAGAAGGCCACGGCUAAAAAAGUUGAUGUCAUUUGUGAUGUCAUGAGAGCAGCAAUGGAAAAGUUGAAUCCUCAAAAAUAUUGCUUAUCUAUACUUACAUCUUAUGUCCGGAAAACUACUCCAGAGUUGGAAACUGCACUCCAGAAAGUUCAUGAACUGAGAGAGAACCCACCAUCUACCGAGGCUGUCAGCGCAGAGGAAGCACUGAAGUACUUGCUGUUCUUGGUGGAUGUCAAUGAGCUAUAUGAUUAUUCUCUUGGGACAUAUGACUUUGAUUUGGUCAUCAUGGUUGCAGAGAAGUCACAGAAGGACCCAAAAGAAUAUCUUCCUUUUCUCAAUACAUUAAAGAAAAUGGAGACUAAUUAUCAAAGAUUUACCAUUGACAAGCACCUUAAAAGAUAUAAAAAAGCUCUGGGACAUCUCAGCAAAUGUGGCCCAGAACAUUUCAUUGAGUUUUUGAACUUGGUUAAAGAUCAGAAUCUAUACAAGGAAGCCUUAAGACUAUACCCAGUUACGUCUGAUGAAUAUAAGUCAAUUAAUGAUGCUUAUGGAGAUUAUUUACAUUCAAAACAUCAAUAUGAACAGGCUGGUCUAGUCUUUGCUCGCUGCAACAAUUUUGAGAAGGCUCUGGAUGCUUUCAUUGCGUCUAGUAAUUGGCAGCAGAUCCUGUGCAUGGCUUCCCAGCUACAGUACUCAGAGGACAAAAUGGCAGCUCUGGCUAGAAUUGUAGCAGGCAAACUGGUAGAGCAUAGGAAGCAUGAGAAUGCAGCAGUACUUUUAGAACAAUAUGCUGAGGAUUAUGAAGAAGCAAUUAUUUUGUUGCUGGAUGGAGCUCUGUGGGAAGAGGCCUUGCGUCUGAUACACAAAUACAAACGUCUUGAUAUAAUAGAGACAAAUGUGAAACCUGCAGUAAUAGAAGCUCAAAAGAACCACAUGAUAUUCUUGGAUAGCCAUAAAAUAACAUUCACGCGUUACAAACAACGUCUCUCUGUCGUACGUGACCUGAAAGAGAGAGAGCGACAAGGCCUGCUAGAUGACGAGAUCCCUGGAGGUCCAGAAUCUGACCUGUUCUCUGACACCAGCAGCAUCAUGACUGCAAGUGACAUGAGUGGAAAGUAUUCUAAGAGCAAUUCUAGAAUCUCUUCAAGAUCAUCAAAGAACCGUCGAAAAGCAGAACGCAAGAAGCACAGUCUGAAGGAAGGUAGUCCCCUGGAAGACGUGGCUCUUGUGGAAGCACUGGGAGACAGUAUUCGCACAGUGGAUAAAAUGAGAAGUGAGGUGAACAGCCUCUUGAAGGUGCUUGUCCUCUUCCGUUAUGAUCUAGAAGCCUGGGAACUCCAACAAACAUAUGAUGAGUUGCUCCAGUUGAUGGAGAAAUCUGUACCAGACGUCUGGACUCCAUGUACACAGUUAAAUCCUGCAACUCCAGUUUUAGGUCCUCAUUCAACUGUCAAUAGUAUAAUGAGCUCAUAUCAACAACAAAAACCCAUUAAACCUACAGAACAAGAUCCCGAACGCUUUGUUCCAAAAUUUAGCAAAAACAUUCAGUGGAAACUUGAUCUACUUGACUAGGACAGAAGAUGUUCAAUUGUCCCUACUGGAAAACUUUUUUUUUUUGAAGAUCCCAUUUAUUGUGCCUGAAGAUUAUAUGGACAAAACAGCUUUAAAUUACAAUGUGUAAUGCUUUGGUGGAUUGAAUUUUUCUACCUGACUGACAAGGCAAUAAAUAUGUUAACCUUAAUUAUAAGCAUGUUAUUUGUGUAUGACCUGUGUGUACUGUAUUGUACGUUUUGUAGUGCAAAACUUAGAAAUAAAGCUUUCAUUUUUUUUAUAUCACAA